UAUGCUGUGAGUUUACGUCGACUGUCCAUGCUGUCAUUGUGGUUCAAUGUGCUGUCAAACCGCUCCGUGCACAGACAGACCUGAGUGCGCGCGCGCUGUUACAAGUUUUAUUUUACUACUAUCGCCGUAUACACAACCUAUUGUUUUUGGAGCUGUAUUUCUCAAGUUUGGCCGGUUUUAAAGUGUAAUGUAAGCCAAUUUGCGAUUCAAGGUGCUGACUGACGGUUAGGCAAGUUAAUCGGAAUUCAAAUUUACCUGCUAUUGUAAUCUUCAUCUAAACCGUAAAUUCGCCAACAGAGAGCAGGUGCUUAACCGUGCAAAGUGACUAAAUGUGAUUGUGCUUUAAGAAGAAGAAAAAAGAAGAAAAGUUUUCGUUAAAAAUACUCCAAAACGUGCAAGAAGAUUCAAAGUGGUGGCUACACAGAGAACCGAGAACCGGUGAAAGCAGUUCACGAAUGGUGCUGCUCUGUUGACACAGCUUUGUCGCACCCAUUAUCGUCAUCACCGGCAACAGAAGAUACGCCCAGUUUUCGUGUGCAGUUGGCCCAAAAACCGGAGCAUCAUCAUCAACCCUCGUCGGUGACAAAACAGGACCGCGUAGUGUAACGGGUCGCUGUAAAAUCACGUGUGUAGGUGCAAAAUUGCGGCUUGCCUGCCAUCGUUGGCAAAUUUAGUGACCGAGUGUGUCCGUCCGAGUGAGUGUGGUGUGUGGGUGUGGGUUGCUAAAUUGGCGAGAACCAAUUCACCUCGAGCCCGUGCGACAUCAUCAUGUACAGCUCCGACUAUGAAAAACGAUUCCUGCAACUCCGCAGUCCCGCAGCACGUAAGCUAUUCACAACUAGUGAAUCUCCCUCGUCUCACGAUCGCUUCAUUCCCUGCCGAGCAAAUAACAACUGGACGACAAACUUUGCUACGAUUAGUACGAAAUCUAACGAAAAUUCACCCCAAUCGACCAAGAAGCAGCGUGACUGUGGGGAAAAUGCACGGGACAGUUUGGCCUACAGCUGCCUGCUGAAGAACGAACUGCUCGGGACGGGAAUUGACGAUGUGAAGCUAGUGGCGGACGAUAAGAAUGGAAGUGGUGGCGGAGGAGGUGGUGGAGGAAGCGGAGGAAGUGGUGGAAGUGGCGUUGGUGGAGGUCUGCACGCAAACAGCAACCGGACCGGGCUGUUUAAAUAUCAGUCUCCGACGAAGCAGGAUUACAACGAACAGUGUCCAUAUUCGCUAUCGCCCGUCAGCAUCAAAAGCCAGAAGCUGUUACGAUCGCCACGCAAAGCGACGCGUAAAAUUUCCAAGAUACCGUUCAAAGUGUUGGACGCGCCCGAACUGCAGGACGACUUCUAUCUCAAUCUAGUCGACUGGUCCGCUCAGAAUGUGCUGGCCGUUGGUCUUGGCAGUUGCGUUUAUCUGUGGAGUGCAUGUACCAGCCAGGUUACACGACUAUGUGAUCUCAGCUCCGAUUCCAACACGAUCACGUCCGUCUCGUGGAGCGAACGGGGCCAUCAGCUAGCGGUUGGAACGCAACACGGAUAUGUCACCGUGUGGGAUGUAGCGGCUAGCAAACAGGUAAACAAACUGCAAGGCCAUUCGGCACGUGUCGGUGCCCUGGCCUGGAACGGGGACGUUCUGUCGAGCGGGUCUCGGGAUCGUCUGAUCAUGCAGCGUGACACGCGCACACCAUCGCAGGUCCCGGAACGGAGGCUCGCCGGUCACCGGCAGGAGGUGUGCGGUCUAAAAUGGUCCCCGGACAAUCAGUAUCUGGCCAGCGGCGGUAACGACAACCGGCUGUACGUGUGGAACCAGCACUCCUCCUCACCGGUGCACUCGUACUCGGAGCAUAUGGCUGCGGUGAAAGCAAUCGCAUGGUCACCCCAUCACCACGGUCUGCUUGCGAGCGGGGGCGGUACGGCCGAUCGGUGCAUACGCUUCUGGAACACGCUCACCGGUCAGCCGAUGCAGUGCGUCGACACAGGCUCGCAGGUGUGCAAUCUUGCCUGGUCCAAACACUCGUCCGAGCUCGUCUCAACGCACGGCUACUCGCAGAAUCAGAUUCUCGUGUGGAAGUACCCGUCGUUAACGCAGGUGGCCAAGCUGACCGGCCACUCGUACCGCGUGCUGUACCUCGCGCUCAGCCCGGACGGUGAAGCGAUCGUGACGGGUGCGGGCGAUGAAACGUUACGCUUUUGGAACGUGUUUAGCAAGGCACGGUCGCAGAAGGAGAACAAGAGCGUGCUGAAUCUGUUCACAAACAUUCGGUAAAACUGCGCCGGGCUGGUGUUAGAGACCUUUCCGCGCGUCGUUCAAAUUCUUAGUGAUGGAGUGAGUGAGGCCGCUGCUGCUGCUUCGUUAUUGUACAGCAUCCAGAGCAUCCAGUUCGUGUGGGAGAAACAGCUCUCGAAAGGGGUCGAUUUUUUAGAAGCUAUCUCUAUUACUUUUGUUUUGUAUUUUUACCUUCCCUUUAUUUUUUGUGCUUUGUAUUUAACGCAAUUCUUUAACAGUUUUCCUCAACAUACGUGGUAAUUCCGUACGAUUCAUGAUAUAAAAAAACACACACAUUAAGGAUAAGGUUGUUUGAUUUGAAAUUGUAAAAUAGCUUUGUUACUUUCAUUUACGUCAUGUUACAAUAGUUAUAUUUAGCAAAGCUCCAUCCAGAUAAUUUAAGAUGCACUUGGAUAUGUCCUAGCAAAAUGAAGGGGGCCCUCACUUGUGCAUCUGUCUAGAGUUGCAACAUAGUCGCAUCGACUUUGCUUCCGUUUUUUUUUUUAAUUUAGUUUAAUUUCGUAAGACUGUGCGCUUUUUCCCAUCAAUGAACUGGAUUGAUCUUUAGGAGUAGGAGGACAUUUACGUUUAAUAUGAUGUAUUUGUAAGGUAAGGUAAAAACAGUAGGAUUUAGGUUUUUUGUGCAUAAGCAAAAUUAAAAAUGGUACACGCUUUUGCUGUAAAAGCGAUACCAUGCGAGUGUGUUCAAACCGUUAGGGGUUUAGUUUUAGGCAUUGGUUGUUUUGCUUAUAUAGGUUUUCCUAUGUUUAGCGUAAUCUUGGAACCGGAAUUCAUUUUUUUCUGUUUAAAGUUCAUCGUAAAGAUGGAACAGUGCAGCUGGAGCAGAAGAAGAACGUUACAAGAUUCCAAGGAAACGAUUGCUAAACAUUUGCAAAGGAUGAGUAUCCUACAGCGAGUGUGUAUGGGUAGAACAAAAUGCCGGCUUCUCUAAAUAGUAUAGUUAUUUAUAUUUCCACUUAUUUUCUAUUAACAUCCUGGAAAAGGAGCACGGUAUCGUGUGCACUGUGUUGUGAGGCAGAAUUAAAAAAAAAAAAAACAAACAAAAAACUGAGUGGCUUCAGGCGAAUUGAAUGGAAUCUCUAGUGAAAGGAUGCGUACGACAGUAACACCAGCAAAUCCUUCCCCUAGACGUUCAAUCGAAAUGUGUGUUAUGUUGUGUCGUGCAGUUAAAACGAGCCUAACGUAAGUGCUAUACAAAAGAAAACCGGAAGCAAACAAGUGUCUUCACUGUGUGUACUGCCUACCUUCCGAGGUGUGUGAAUACUACUGCUAGGGACUCACUACAGAUAAGCGAACGCUUUAGAGAGGGAAAUGUGUAUCGUUCGGUCAAAAUAAAUUUACACAAGAAAAAACA